GACCCCAUUCAUUUCUGUUUCCACUUUCCAUCGCCUUUGAUUAUUCCUCCUUGCUUUAUAAUGCCACGAAGCUAUUUAUGUCCACCUUCUCUGGGUAUACUUAAUUUUAAUUAGCAAGCGUGCACUUUGGAAUCUGGUUCUUGCCAGAGCUGUGCACAUCAAUUAAAAGACUCUUCGAGAUGUUACAGAAGCACCCCGAUGCCUCAAAAACAUAAUUAAAGUUCUUGAGAUGAGGAUUUGCAGACUAUUUCUGACGUUUGAUUUCCAGUAUUUUCCCAUCUCACUGAGCUCAGGUCAAGCAAAUACGGGUCUAACUUUUUGGGAGAGCUAAACCUAAAAGCCUACAGGAGACGGCAAACUGUGCCUGGUUCAGACAGCAUCAGCCUUGUUUAGCAUAGUUGGAGUUUUUGUUCUCUCUUUUCUGUUUUCCUUUUUUUUUCCAGUGCUAGGGAUUGAACCCAAGACCCUACACACUCUAGGCAAGUUCUCAGUCACUGAGCUAUCCUCAGCCUUACUACUUUUCCUCAUCCUUAACUCUUCUAUAACUCUAAAUAGAUUCUAAAGGGUUUCUUUUUUUCUUUUUUUUUUCUUUUUUGGCUAAUUCACUGUGGCUUUAUUUUUUCCUAUCUCAGGAAAUCCCAUAUCCUGUCUUUUAUUCAUGAAGUAGAGAAAUGGGUCAAGGCAAGAUACUAAGUGAGCCUUUCCUUAAGACAACGUGGGUUGUUGCUACGUUCAGCUAGGGCAUCCAUACUUCGGUAAAGGCAUGCCGUUAGAUGGAGUGACUCUUCUAAAUUCUACGAUUUAGCUCUCAACCUUGUAGGAUAAGAAGCAGAUUCUUAGGGAUACCCAGCAGAAAAUAGAGUAAGCAUGAACUCAGAUCAGAAACAAAUUUGCAGCGGUGAGAAGAGUCGAAGUGAUGGCCAUUUUCUGAAUGCCUUCCGUGGGUCAGACGCCACACUGACUGAGUCCAUUUUAAAAUCUAAAACCUCUUCUUGUUUUCAAGACAUGGUCUCGUGAAGUUCAGAUUGGCCUGUGUAGCUAAAGAUGACCUUGAAUCCCUAAUAUGUAUGUCUCCAUUUCCUAAAUAUCAGGAUUACAUACCCAGCUACUUCUGCAGUAGAGUGAUUAGACAAGCAUUGCCAGUAUUUGCUUGGGGACUUCCCCUUUUCUGCACUGUCACUGUGGAGGCCCAGUGUACCUCAGUUGGGCCACCAUUCAUACCUAUCUACACAGUGUAUAGCUAUGCUGUCCUACAGAACUCGCUCUGGUGCUGGACAUGUCCCGAAUCUACUUUCGUCCAGGGCAGCAAGCACUGUGAGCAGGUAGAGCACUGGAGCGUGAGUAGUAGCUUCAGGAGCUGCGUCCACAUUCUCAAGUGCAGGUGGACUUAGCCAUUGGCUACUGUCCCAGACAGCACGCCUUUGCAGGAAAUCGAGAAGGAAUGGUUACCAGGAGGCAGUUUGUCCUCUUGGGGAGAAUGGAGGGAACCAAUCCAUCUUUUGCGUGAGUCUUACUUGGGGACAAGGGUUCCCUGGAGCUACUAAUUGCUCGUCCCUUUUUGCCUAACAUUUCUAUCAACCCAUGUUGGUUACAUAUAAUUAUGGGUUUCCUUGUGGAAUCUUCAUGUAUAUACGUACAUGAAUUUUUAUCUUUUUUAUUGCCCAUCACUCCUCCCCCUAGCCUUUAUUCUCCACUCACCUCCCCCCCAGCAUUCUUGCUGAUACCCCAGUGUGAUGAUUUGAGUAAAAAUGGCUCCCAUAGUCUCCUAGAGAGUGGUACUAGCAGGAGGGAUGGCCUAGUUGGAGUGGGUGUGGCUUUGUUAUAGUCGGCGUGGCAUUGUUGGAGGUCAUGACAGGUUGGUCUGUGAGGUCUCAGAUGCUGAAGCCUGGCCAGUGUGUCACUGUCUCUUCCUGCUGCCUGUGGAUCCCAAUGUAGAACUCUUAGCUCCUUCUCCAGCACCGCGUUGGCCUGUAUGCGGCCAUGCUUCCUGCCGUGAUGACAACGGACUAAGCCAGCCCCAAGUACAUGUCUGUCUUUAUAGGAGUUGCCGUAGUCAUGGUCUUCACAGCAAUGAAACCCUAUCUAAAACACCUAGUUAAUCUCCCUUUUGCUUUCAUGUGUUUUUAUAUUGAUGAUACAAUAAGUUUUAUUAAAGCUGUUUACAAGUCCUGGGUAAGGGCUUCUUUAUAAGAGUGUGAACCUAUUGCCAGAAGUUAUCUGAGCUGCUGAAGAAAAAUCUCUCUUCCUUGUGAUCAUUAAGUGCCUACGGAUGUUCAGGGAGGUAUAUGUUCCUGAGAAAACCCUCUGCUCAGCUUCCAUUGUCUGCCUCUAGGUCCCGGUGGGUGGGCACAAUGGCCCUUCUGCCCAGUGAUAAAAUGAGUCUGAUGGAAUCUGAAGCCAAGGGUUAAGGUCUCUGCUUCAUUCCCUCUAAGCUAUACAAAGUCACUUACCCUCACUGAGUGGCCAUCCGUCCUCUGUAAGAUAAAGUUGAAGACAGCGGGCCUCAGGAAUAAAGCACUGCCACGUGUGGUAGAAGCGAGGCUCCUGAGAGAUAAUCUGUUAAUACACUUUGGACACUUGUGAAGGCUGUGGAGCUGACAGCAAUUAGAGCAGGAAUCACCCUUGUCUCUGGAUUUGCUUUCAUGCUGAUAAUCUCAUUUUAUCUUCACGGCAGGCCUGUGAAGGGUGUAGGCGGGGAUGUUAUCUAUAUGUCUCCAUCUGGUGAUGCAGACAAACGGGGCCCACAGCAGCCCAGAGUCCUACCUAAAGUCAUAGAGCAUGCCUGGUAGCAUUAUGCCUGGAGUCAACCCUGAGCAUUCUGAGUCCCCUGCUCACGCUUUCUCAGAAACAACAACAACAACAACACAGCAAAGUCUUAAGGUUGACAUUCAGAAAUUAUGUACAGGGUUUGUUUGUUUUUUUUAAAUGGAACCAUUUCUAUCCAAUAAGAAAGCCAAGCUACGAUACCCAACUAUGCAAAUACAAAUAUCAGUGCAGUGGCAAUAGCCACCAAUGUACUUAUGGUAUUUUUACAUUCUUUUAUUUAAAUCAGAUAUGACUAUGAGCUGUGUUAUUGUCACCUCCACCCUUUAAAACUUAGGGAGUUGGAGGCGGAGAGAUGGCUCAGCGUUUGUUCCCUGUUGCUCUUGCAGGGGAAUCCAAGAUUGGUUCCCAACACCCAUGUGACAGUUCACAGUCUUCUGUAACUCCAGUUCCAGAAAAAUCCAACACCCUCUUCUGGCCCCUGUGAGCAGCAGGUACACAUAUGUCAUGCACAUAUAGAUGUUAGCAAGAGACCCAUAUCCAUGCCAUAAAAAUAAAGAUCAGCUUUUUUGUUUGUUCUUUGAGACAGGAUUUCUCCAAGUAGACCUAGCUUUCCUAGAACUUGCUCUGUAGACCAGGCGGGCCUUGAACUCAUGGAAAUCCACCUGCCUCUGCCUUCCUAGUGCUAGAAUUACAGGUGCAUGCCACCACCACCUUGGCUCAAUCGUUUAUUUUUUUUCUAAUGAGGAAAUAAAGGCAGAAAAUAGCUUAUGUAUCACAGAGCUUGCAAAUAGCAAGAAAGACUGGAUUUAUUAAAUUUAUUUAUCUUGUUUUUGGCUACUGGGCCUCAAUAUCAUAAGUUGCAUGGCUUAAACAACAAAAUGUACUGACUUAGAGUUCUGAAGACCAGAAGUUUAAAAUCAGGGUGUCAGUAGGGUUUGAUCCUCCUGGGACUCCUGGGAAGGAAUCCUUCUAGAUCUUUCUGUUUGGGUUAUCAAAGCCAUGUUUUGUCUUUUUGCUUCAUUUUCCAUCCACAGGAUGUGUCCCUUCCCUGCCCCCUUCACAAGGACAUGAGCCAUAGUGGAAUCUCUAAAUAAGGUCGCACUGUAAGGUCCUCGGGGAUAGGAUCUCAACAUAUGAACUGGAAUGUGGACAGGACCAUUCUUCACAUAUUACUUAGAUACAAACCCAUUUUUCCAGGUCCAUAGUAGGCUUCUCAUGCCAUUACAAAUGCAUAUUGGUUACUAAAGAAAGAUCCAUCAGCGUGGCGUUUGACCUCUAACCAGUCUUAGAGGCAGUGAGCAGAAAUUUACCCUCUAAAAGUUCUUAGGCUGGGAGAGAUCUCCCCAAAAUGUUUAUCUAAGACACCAGUUUCCAGCUUACUAGGCAAUUUGGCAUUGAGGACUUUUCUCAUAAACAUUUACAAAUAUUCCGCUCAGCAAUGGAGUUAAUCAGUAAACCACACCAACCUCUGGCCCCUGUCACUUCUUACCUCGGCUCCUUCUCAGUUGCCGUGAGGAAGCUAAGGAUGGUGAUGCAGUUUCAGGGUUUAGAAAAUCCAAUUCAGAUUAGCCUUCAACACAGCCACCGGCUGUCAGGAUUCGCGUCCGACAGGAUGAGUUCGAAGCCGGCUAAAGGAGUGCUAACAGAGCACGCGGCAGGUCCUCUGGGGCAGAAUCUGGACUUGGAAUCGUACUCCCCAUACAACAAUGUGCAGUUUCCUCAAGUUCAGCCACAGAUCUCCUCCUCGUCCUAUUAUUCCAACCUGGGUUUCUACCCGCAACAACCGGAAGACUGGUACUCUCCUGGACUCUAUGAACUCAGGCGAAUGCCCACUGAGAGUGUGUACCAGGGAGAGACUGAGGUAUCCGAGAUGCCUGUGACAAAGAAGCCGCGAAUGGCCGCCUCAUCGGCGGGAAGAAUAAAAGGGGAUGAGCUGUGUGUGGUCUGCGGAGACAGGGCCUCUGGGUACCAUUACAACGCGCUCACCUGCGAGGGCUGCAAAGGUUUCUUCCGAAGAAGCAUCACCAAAAACGCCGUGUACAAGUGUAAGAACGGGGGCAACUGCGUGAUGGAUAUGUACAUGCGUCGGAAGUGCCAGGAUUGCCGGCUAAGGAAGUGCAGAGAGAUGGGAAUGUUGGCUGAAUGUAUGUAUACAGGUUUGUUAACUGAAAUUCAGUGUAAAUCUAAACGGCUAAGGAAAAAUGUGAAGCAGCAUGCGGAUCAGACAGUGAAUGAGGACAGCGAAGGGCGUGACUUGCGGCAAGUGACCUCCACGACCAAGCUAUGCAGGGAGAAAACUGAACUCACUGUAGACCAGCAGACCCUCCUGGAUUAUAUUAUGGACUCAUACAGCAAACAGAGAAUGCCACAGGAGAUCACAAAUAAAAUCUUAAAAGAAGAAUUUAGUGCAGAAGAAAAUUUUCUCAUAUUAACAGAAAUGGCUACCAGUCACGUACAGAUUCUCGUAGAAUUCACAAAAAGACUUCCAGGGUUUCAGACACUGGACCACGAAGACCAGAUUGCUUUGCUCAAAGGGUCCGCAGUCGAGGCCAUGUUCCUUCGUUCAGCGGAGAUUUUCAAUAAGAAACUUCCUGCCGGACACGCAGACCUGUUGGAAGAAAGAAUUCGAAAGAGCGGCAUCUCCGAUGAGUACAUAACCCCGAUGUUUAGUUUCUAUAAAAGUGUCGGGGAGCUGAAAAUGACCCAGGAAGAGUACGCUCUGCUCACAGCAAUUGUCAUCCUCUCUCCAGACAGACAAUACAUAAAGGAUAGAGAGGCAGUGGAGAAGCUUCAGGAGCCUCUGCUCGAUGUCCUACAAAAACUCUGCAAGAUCUACCAGCCCGAGAACCCUCAGCAUUUCGCCUGCCUCCUGGGUCGCCUGACAGAACUCCGGACAUUCAACCAUCACCACGCUGAGAUGCUGAUGUCUUGGAGGGUGAAUGACCACAAGUUCACCCCGCUCCUCUGUGAGAUCUGGGAUGUGCAGUGAAGGACACGGGGAGAGGCUAGCUCCUUGUCCUCCUCAGAGCAGCAACCUGGUAUUGGACUUCCCUUCUUUUCAUUUGUACCAGGUCUCACUCAAGAAUCUCAAUGAAUAUUUAUGUGGCAAUUAUACAAUUCCCACAACUGUAAAUACAGGCUCCAUAGAAUUGCUUCCCCUACACUGUAUUUUACAAGGCUUCGGGAAACCCCACUGACACGCCCUUUUUGCCUCAUUAAAUCAAUUGUUACUUCAAUUUUGUCAACUGA